AGGAGUUUAAACUGAGGCAGCUGUGAGGAAGCGCAGCAGUGGGACUGAUUUCUUCAACAUGAAUCCUGCUCUGGUGGUGUUGGUGUCGUCUUUGCUGGCCACAGUGGCAGCUCAGUCUCACGACCAUCAUGACAUGGGGUGGGUUAAUGGCUACCGCCAGGGCUUCAACUUCCAGUGUCCCCACGGAGAGGUCCUUGUGGCCACCAGGAGCUACUUCAGCGAGCAAGAUGGCAUGGACCGCCUGUGGUCGUUUGAGUGCCAGGCCACACCUGAGGGUCUGGGGGAGCCCAGUGACUGCUGGUGGGACGACAUCAACCGUGCUGGGAUGGAGUGGACUUCAACAUGCACUCGCAAUGGCCUGGUAGCGGGCGUACAAAGCAAGUACUUUGAAUCCGUUCUUGACCGGGAAUGGCAGUUCUACUGCUGCUAUUACAAACGACGCUGUCCCUACUCCUGCAUGAAGACCAGUGACAUUCCUGAACACUACAGAGAAGAGGGAGAGCUGGUGAUCCCUAGUUAUGGGUACUUCAUCCGAGGUGCCCAGACCACAUUCAGUGGAGUGCUAAGAGAUCGGCAGUGGAAGUACAUCCUGUGCAGGAUGACAGACUUUGACUGUGAAUUUGAAAAUUUAUAGAUUGUAAGCAGCAUUUUUUUUUUUUUUUUUACCAAACAGUUUGAACUAAAAAUACAUAUUUACUCUCACAUAUAAACAAAAAAAUAAUACUGACAUUUCACAGAACUGAUAUGAUUUAUGUUUUCAUUCAUGUAUUUACUUUUGAUGAAUGGAUGGACCACAGGCGUGUGAUGUAUGCCUGUAUAACCCCACAUGUUUACUCUGGCAUGAAAAAUGACUGCUCAUAAAAGGUAACUGUUAAAAAAACAUAAACACAGAGGGUCUACAGGGGAUUCGGGCUCCACCGGACGCAUCUUAAGUGUUUUUCAUUUAGUUGCGGGAGGAACUGGAAGUUCUUCAGCAGUAUGUGAAAGUGGUUUUCCAAAAAAAACAAACUCAAUUAUUUGAUGCUGUGUUCAUAGUGGUGGAAAACAGUGCGUCAGCCUCUGCUCCAAGAUCUCUUAGUUGAGGUCACGUGACAGUGAUGGCCAAACACAACAUUUAUAUGGUCAAAGCAUUCAGUGAGUUGUUGGGUGUGGCUGAUAGGGAUAUUAUCUUGGAAGUAUGUCUUGGAACAAUUUGUUUGUGUUGGAAGAAAUGUUAAGCUCUUUCAGAAUCAUUGGCCAGAUGAGCUUUGCAUGCAACAAAAGGUGUCCCACCUGCUUUCAAUUGACUUCACAUCGCUCCUUUAUUAAAGUGUUUUGUUCAGUUUGGCAGUUCCAGCUCUACAGUACACUGUACUGGAACUAUACAGUGUGUUUAACAUAAUGCAAAAGAACUCUGUUUUUUCAUGUUGAAAAAUUGACAUUUAACAUAAGAACAUGAAUUAAAAUCUCCUGAGAAUUACAGUAAGUGAAUACAAACAAAGUUCUUGUGGGAGAACGGAUAAUCUAGCUAUGUGAAAGCAUAAGCCUUCAAAAAGCACAGAGGGGAUGAACUCAGCCAUGACCAUAUCAACAGCUCAUUUGGGCUCAACUUGGCUGAAAGAAAACUCAGCACUGUUUUAUAUUGCCAUAACAUGCUGCUGCAAGGGUCUGACUUCAGGGAUCACCAUAUCAACAGACAAUCUGUUUUUUAUUCAUGGGAUAGUUUUCUUUGAUAGAGUGGAGGAAAAGAUAUAAACAAAUGUAUAAUCUUGCAACUUAAAGAAGUUAUUAAAAAAGUCAAAGGAAUAGUUAGUUAGACCUACUGUACGUGUCCAAUCCCAGGGUCCUAUGUCCCCCAGUUCUAAGGUUUGGGUUAGGGGGUUGGGAUCCUGGGAACAUAGAUGUCCUCUCCUCAAAACAGCUAGAAAUAGCUAGCCUGGCUCUGUCAGACGGUUACAAAAUAAAUGCACUUCUAAAGUUAACUAAGUAAUAAGUUGUUCUUUCUUUAAUCUGUACAAAAACCAAACUGUAAAAACAACAAGUUGCAGUUUUACUUAUGGCUUAUGUGCAGGAUUAUUUCCUGGCUGGGGGGAUUGUUCCUGCUGCUUUCAGUCUUUAUGUUAUGCUAUCCGUCUACUGGCCCCAACUUCAUAAUUACCGAGGGAUAAGAGAGUGGUAUCAAUCUUCUCAUCUGAGAAAGGGAAUAAGCAUAUUUCCCAAAAUGUUGAACUAUUCCUUUAAGGAACUUUUAGUCAUGAGGGUUAAUCAACUACAAAUGAAUGAAAAAGCAUGUUUACAUUGAGGCAUGAAAUAAUCCCAACUCAGGUUCAGUUUAUUUGCUUUUUCUAGAGCUUUCCAUCAUAUCAUGUAGUAUGGAGUUUAAUGCUUCAGCCAAUAUAGGAAGUCCUAAAAGUGAUAUGGAUGACAUCAUAAAACCUACUAAGCUUGAAAGUCAACAGAUCGUUCUGCAUAAUAACUGAUAAAACGGCAUUCGCUGAUAAAGAUCAUGUAAUAUGGUUGAAGGUUUCAGAAAAAUACAGUACUGAAACUGAACCUUGAGUAAAAAACACAUGUUUACAUUUGUUUUGUCAAACAUGUUUGCACGUAUGCUGUUUUCGUACCAUUGACUCACAUUAAACUUUUAUCCUGUACCAUU